UUCAAAACACACACGUGCUCGCUCCAACCUCACUUUUACCUUGUAAACACGAAUUUUAAAACUUUUAAACAAAAAUGACGGUGAAUUUUAAUUUUAAAGGCGGUGGCUCCAUAAUUAAACUCAAACCUGCCUUCUCGCCUGAUGGAGAGAAUGUGCUUGUAUCAUGGAAAAGUUCACUUAUGGAGUACAGUGUUAAGACAGGGAAGUUGGUGUAUGAAUUCAAAGGGAUCCAAGGCCCCAUGGCGGGUUUCGCCUUUUAUAGAUAUGAUUCUUUUGACUGUGUUAUUGCCUGUUCGAAAACCGGUCAGGUUAUAAUUUGGAAGUCCGUUACACACUUUAAAAUACACGAAAAGAAAAUUAAAAUAGAUAAUAUUAAAAGUUUUAACAUAAUACCAGAAGAAGAUGAGGGCAAAUUAACUGCAUUAAUUUCAUACAAAAUUGAUGAAAAAAUAAGGUUUGCUUUAGCUGAUAUUAGAGAAGGAACAAUCAAAGAAACAAGCCUUGAAAUUCUGGAUUGUCUUUACCAUGUAAGUGUAGGAGGAAAUAAGUAUUUUGGCGUAGUACAAAAUAACUUUUUGUAUUAUGUUGAAUUCGAAAACACUGAAAAAGUGUAUAGAUCAAACACCAAAUUUAAAAGGUACUUUACAUGCAUAUCUUGCCACCCAACGGAAGAGUUAGUAUUAACAGGUGACAAAACUGGAAAAAUUGUGGUUUGGCAAAAUUUAUCUGCAGCUAAACCAACUCAAGCCGUUUACCAUUGGCACACCCUUCCAGUAAAAUGGGUGGAAUUUUCCACAGCCGGUAGCUAUUUUUACAGCGGGGGUGGGGAAUGUGUGUUGGUAAAAUGGAAUUUGGAAAAUUCCCAGGAUAAAAAGUUUUUGCCCAGGAUAGCGGCGCCGAUAGAUAAAAUCACCGUUUCGCUUGAUAAUAGCUUUGUUGCCAUCUGCACCACGGAUAAUGCAGUGAGAAUUUUGGAUACCCGGAUGAAUCAAGUGAGUUUGAUUCAGCAUUUGGUUAUUGGUAGUACGUUUAGCAGUGGAAUUGUUUAUGAUGCCAGAACUAAGACAUUGGUUAUGAAUGGGAAUGUUGGACAUGUGCAGUUUUAUUCGCCCUUGGAUAAAUCUCUGUUGUACAAUUUGGAUAUUGUGGGACAAAACAAAAUUACCAACGAAAGAAGUUGCAACAUAGAAAACACUGAAGUUAAAAAAAUAGCAAUAAGUAAAUGUGGUUUUUGGCUUGCCACUGUAGAAAAAAGGGAGAAUUUAAAAUACCACAUGGAAAUAAGGCUUAAAUUUUGGAAAUUCAAUGAAAAACAACAAACGUUUGAAUUAAACACUUCAAUAGAAUAUCCACAUGAAAACACAAUUUUAAAUGUUUUAUUUCAACCUGCCGCCAACAAGGCAGGUUUAAAGUGUGUUACUGUUAGUGAAGAUGGUAAAUUUAAAAUUUGGCAACUGACGGAAAUUAAUUCGGUAUACAGAAAGGGGGUAGUUUGGGAAUGUUACGGUGUAGGUUACUUUAGGGACCUCCCCUGUAGAGGGCUCUCAUUCUCGAUAGACGGUUCCCUAAUGGCCAUUGGUUUUGGCCCCAUAUUGACCACCUGGUUGCCUGAUACCUGUGAGGUAAAGUGCACUUUAAUUCACCCCAACUACAGAGACAACGUGACUCACGUUGAGUUUGGAAAAGGAAGCGAUUGUCACCUUAUUGUGGCCGCCAGCGCUUUGCAUUUGAAUGUGUGGAAUUUGCUGACGUUGAAUUUGGUUUGGACUGUGUCGAUUGAGGUUUCCAGUUUGGUGGCUGAUACGUUAACUUCGCAUAUGGCUGUUGUAGUCAAACAAUCAAAAGUUAUUGUUUUUACUCCUGGAUCUCCAAAACCAAUUUACAAAAGUAAAAAAAUAAAGGAUAGAAAAAUUGUGACUGCAAGUUUUGUACCUAGUAGAUACAGUAAUGAUGCGACGUUAAAUUGGAGUGAAAGGUCGGCUUUAUAUUUUAUUGAUAGUAAAAAUGAGUUAUUCUGUCUUAGUACUGAUAAAGAACAAUCUUAUAGUAUUGAGGAAGAAGAAAGAAUACAAAAAUCUAUUUAUUCCAUGUUAAAACCAAAUAAGAAAAGUACAGGUGUUAAAUCACAGAAUCCUUCAAAACACUUAUUUGAGCAUGAUAUGAGUCAUAAAGAUUUAAAAUCGUAUUUGGAUGCUCCAGCUCACACAAUGGUACCAGUACGAUUCAUGUGUCGUGUUUUACUCAAUUCCCUAGUUUUACAAAAGGACAAAUCAAAAGAAGAAAUAAUAACAUAGUUUUGUUAAUUUUAAUAAAUUUUUA